GAGAGAGAGAGAGAAUCAACCAUCCAAGAUGGUACACAGAAAAGGACUAAUAUAGUAGCAGGCCACCAAUCAUUUUUUCAAUAGAGAUAGGAGUAUAUUAAAGCCAGAGAGAGAGACAGUCUGGUUAGGAGAGGAGAGAGAGUGGGAGGAUUGGCAUCUGCUUGGUUCUGAAUCUCUUAGCAAGUAGGCAACUAAUCUUCUCGAGUUCUUGAUUGUCAGGUGGAGUUGGAUUUCCCAUCAGCAUUCCCAUGAAUUAUUUGCUUUCUCUGCUUUAUCCUAAGAAUCGCAGUCCUAGACUCCUAGCUUGUAGUAAGCAGUCUUUGUCAUUCAGUGGUGAAUGACCAAGACAUCAACGAGCUGAAGGCGCCAUGAGCACACAGAGUGUUGUUGCUGUGAAGCAAUUCCCUGGUCCUGACAGAAUGACUCACACAUGCACUGCUCCACAGCCUUCAGCUCAUCAGCUGUUCAAUGCUAAAUCUGAUCACUGUGGUUCAACAAAUGAUCCUCAAUCCUCAAACAUUAAGACAGAGAUUAUCCGUUGGUCGAGUCUGCCAAAAAUCCCUCCGUUUGAGCUUCAGAAAUUCGGUCCUGACUAUAAUCCUGAAAACCCAGUUUCUCGCGUCUUGCAAGCCAAAUUAUCGGAUCCAAUGUCAUCUAGUUCUUCCACAUUCUGCACAAGUAUGUACUCCUCGUUUCCAACAAACUCCGGAUCAUGCCGGCAAACCAGCGCUUUGCCUUUCCUGCCUCAUCCUCCCAAAUAUGAGCAGCAACAGAUUUCAGCUGGGCAGUCAUCCAGCUCUUCUUCACUGCUCUUUGGUGCUGAGCUCAGCAGUGGUGGUCAGGAUGAUGCUGAACAUUCAGCUGAUCUCAAGGACUCUCUUAACCUUUCUGGAAAUGCUUCAGAAGGUAGUUUCCAUGGAGAAAACAAUGCCAUGGCUUUCAGCGAGCAGAUGGAGUUUCAGUUCUUGUCUGAACAGCUCAGAAUCGCCAUCACCGACAAUGGAGAGAGCCCUCGAUUAGAUGACAUAUACGACAGAUCACCGCAACUCCCUUCUUGUCCAGCAUUGUCUUACUCUGAACAAGAGGACAUGAGGAGCGCAGGAUCUCCUGUUAAAGUUCAGCUAAGUUCAUCUCGAGCUGCAUCAUGUAACAAGCCAAGACUGAGGUGGACACAGGAGCUCCAUGAGCGUUUUGUGGAGGCUGUGAACAAGCUUGAAGGGCCAGAAAAGGCAACUCCUAAGGGUGUGUUGAAGCUUAUGAACGCAGAAGGCUUGACCAUCUAUCAUGUAAAGAGCCAUUUGCAGAAAUAUCGAUCUGCCAAGUGUCUUCCAGACACAAAAGAAGACAAGAAGUCCUCUUCAGAAGAUAAGAAAGCUAAAUCAGCACCUCACGGAAAUGAUGCUGGCAAAAAGAAGAGUUUACAAGUGGCAGAAGCUCUUCGGAUGCAAAUGGAGGUUCAGAAACAACUUCAUGAACAAUUAGAGGUGCAAAGGCAACUACAGCUGCGGAUAGAAGAACAUGCAAGAUAUCUGCAGAAGAUAUUAGAACAACAACAGAAAGCAAGAAACUCCUUAUUCACUACGACAAGUUCAACAGGAGGAGAAUUUCCUGAAUCCAAAGAGAAAACUGAGACGAAAGCAGACAUCUCUUCAGCUCCAUCGUCAAAGCGCAAAACUUCAGAUACUGACAACUCGCAAGUGGAUAACAAAAAAGCAAAGCCUCAGGUUAAUCUUGAGAAGGACUCACCACGUUCAUAGCCGCGAUAAACACGGUGAUUGGCUGAAUGUUUGGCUUCUUUUACCUUGUAGAAUGGUAGCACUUUAGCCUCAAUGCUGUUCUCUCUUGUAUGACCGCUAGUAACUGAAAUAGAAUUUAAGCCAUUGUAUAUGAUUAACUUUGA